AAAACCUAUCUCGUAGAAACUCUUUCGUUAAUAAUCGUUGCAGCUUCCUGAAAGCAGUAUCAAGUAUGAAGUAUUUAAUAUCAGGAAUCCUUUUUUGUGCUAUUGGCUUCUCGUUAGGCGAUGUGGAAUCGGAAUUUAAAAAGACGCAAAUCGAGCCGGAUAUCAUAGACAAGGCUCCAACUGAGAAGAUCGAGGUAAAAUACGGCGAUAAAGUGGUUGAUUUAGGAACCGAAUUGACACCAACUGAAACUCAUCAGAUCCCCGAAAUUCAUUAUAAACAUGAGGGCGGAGUUUUGUAUACGCUCGUUAUGACAGAUCCUGAUGUGCCGAGAAGGGGAGGAUACAAUCGAGAGUUUCGACACUGGCUCGUGGGAAAUAUACCAGAGGAAAAUAUAGCUAAGGGCGAAAUUCUGGCAGAAUACGUCGCCUGCCCGCCAAAAAAUACCGGAAAACAUCGUUACGUGUUUCUCCUUUAUAAGCAAAAUCAGGGGGCUAUUACCUUUGACGAAAGAAGAUUGAGUACUUGGGAUGGAAGUCAACGGAAGAGGUUUUCCAUCAAGAAAUUUGCAGAAAAAUAUAACUUGGAGGGUCCAAUCGCUGGUAACUUUAUGAGAGCGGAGUACGAUGACAAUGUGCCUUCCUAUCACAGACAUUUGAAUCUUUAAUCAAUUACCUAUAAUAUUAAACUUUAUAUAGAUAAACACAAAUAUAUAAAAACAUAAAUUUCAUACAUUACUUCAAAUCUUACUAUCAAUACUUUUCGUUUUUAGAAAAGUAAUUUAAAAAUUUUUUUCUCUUUAAUUAUAAGAACAAUGUACCGCAAAAUUGUGCUGUUGUUGAAUAAUGAAAAGAAUAUCAUAUAUGAAAUUAUAACGGAUUAUAGUUCAUGAUAUUUAAUUUUCAUGAAACGCGCGCGUCUUUAACAAAUAUAGUCAUGUAUUCUUUUUUUUAAGUGCAAGUGCAUUCUAAUGAGAAAGCUAGUAUAUUGUAAAUGUUUGAAAUAAAAGGAUUUAACACCUA